AUGACAUUUACUGGAGCGGAUCGAUUGACUAGAAAUGAAAUCAUUAUUAAAUUUGCAAAUGCUCUUAAUUGUAUGAUAGUUGGUCUCUUUCCCCCGACUGAUUAUCUUUUAUCAAUCAAAUCAAAUUUCUCUGAUGCAUUGGUCCAAACAAUCAUAUGCAUCAAAGAACAUUCUUUGAAAAAUUCUCGAUUAUUCCAUGAAUACACUGGAUAUAUUAUGAGUCCCUACAAAUUAGGCAAGUCUGCAAAGGCCAUUCUCGGCACAGAUGACUCCAAGAAUGUCGUUGGCUCUGGCAUAAAGAGACCAGCUUCAACUGUUGAACAAUCUCCCAAUAAGACCAAGAAAGAGAAAGACGACAGUAAUCCAAGAUCCCGAUUGAAUAUCUUGAAUGUCAUUUCAUAUCAGAAUCCAGAGUUGGUUGAUAUUGUACAUUCUUGGGUGAUGGGUCCUAAUUUAGCAACAAUGAUCAAAGAAGUUGCCAAACUUUUGAGCUACAAUAACCGUGGUAACAAAUUAGAAGAUGGCAUUGAAAUUCUAGUUAAACAUUACCACAACCAAACUCUCAAUUCCAAAUCCAGUACAACUUCAACAAAAGAACAUAGAGAUAUUGUUGAAAGUAUUCAACGAUUACAUCAUGUUGAAAUGUUUGAUGUUGACAGGAACUAUAGUACCGAAAGCUCUGAUCAUUGUGCAAUCUCUGAUGGAGUUUCUGAAGAAUCUGAACUCUUCAAACGUAAAUGUCAAUACAUCAGUGAUAAGAAUGAAAGAUGUAAUGAAUAUAUUCCAGUUUAUUUAGAAAUUGGCAAACUCUGUUUACAACAUUUCAAGGCAAACAAAAAAUCGAGAAGAGAGUUUAUUAAGAAUAACAAAUAA